GAAAGUCCCUUGGCUAAUGUUAUUUUCAGAGUAUUUGCUUUCCGAUGAGCAAUGAUGAGAGGAUGCUCUUGGCAUUGUCCUGAUGGAGAUAGAGCACCUGCAGAGGCUGCGUGAGGCCAACCAGGACCUUCUGCAAAGGCUCAGAAUGAAGCAGGAAGAGAUCAGAAAAAGGCUCCCCAGCAAGGCAUCUCUUGAUAAGAGAACAGCUCCUGAAAGCUCUGUCCCCUUGCCCACAAGAAGGAAGACAAAUCCAACCGAUGCUGUGGAGCCUACAUCUGACCCUGCAGUGUUGGUGUCUGUGGAACCUGGAGCUUACGCAGCCAGAGCAGCCCUCUGUUGAGCUCUUAAACACAGCAGCAGUGACAAGGGGGUACAGCAACAAGAAGAGAAGAUGCAGGAAGCAGUAGGUUUGGAUUCCAGCUUUCCUGGGAAAGAGAAGAAUGUUGUGCCAGUGACUGCAGUCGUUACCUGUGGCAGAGAAACCUCUGAAGUGGAGAGGGGUGGCCAUGCUCAAGGAAGUGCAGAGGAAGAAUCCUUCCCUCUGGGACAUGGAGAGAACAGAAGCCAGUCCACUCUGCUAGAUGGCUUCCAUGAGAAGGAGCAGCUUGAGGGUGCUCCGGCCUCUUCACUGAGCAGCAGCCAAGGUGAAGAGACCAGCAAGCAACAUGUGGUUGUUAGAGAGCCCGUAGUUCAUAAAUCAGUCUUGCUGACAUCUCAGUCCCAAGAGCCAAAGGUAAAUGGGGUUUUUGCUUGUUGUCAUCGAUCAAUAGAAGGAUGGGGGAGAAAGGCUCAGAAGAACAUUGCUUGCUCUGUUCUCCCCGAAGCUGGCUGCAUCACUUGUGAGUCUGACCCUGAAGAAUACACCAUACCUGUGAGCACCUGGUCCGUGCGUCCUUUCCUGGGCUACGACUGGAUUGCAGGCUUGCGCGGUGCGGCACAGCCCGGCCCUGGCCGCUCCCGCACGACGCGGAGGGCGCGGCGCGGCGCGGAGGGCGACGACAGUAGCAGCAGCAGCAGCAGCAGCGGCGGAAGGGCCCGGGUGCGCGGCGGCGGGGUUGUGCCGGAGCCGUGCCGGAGCCGAGCCAGGUACCGCAGCAGAAAGCGGGCCUAG